AUGGAUAACAUGGCGGAGUCUACGAAAAUAAUUGCCGAAAAACGACUGAGCAUAACACGAGAAAAUGAACUGCUGCAAAGUUUCGUAAGAAUCAACGUUGAUGAUCACGAUAACCCGGCCGAAGAAGUUGAAGGUGAAAAAGAAGAUGCGAAAAAUGUUGAAGAAUCAGAUACGAGGAAAAAGCAAGUUAUUUCUUUCGACACUUCGAAGAAACUAUCCAAAGAGUUCACCCAGGACUCGAAGAAGAAACUAAGGAGAAAAAGACGAAGAGUAGGUCCCAGAUAUGAAGAGAUCUAUUGUGACAAAGACCGGGCAGCCGCAGUCAAUAUGGGUUCUAAGGAUAUCAAGCAAUCUUUGAAAUUGAAGCGGAAACAGGAUCGUUCAAGGGCAUUGCAGAUACCAGAGGAAGCGGAGCCUGGAAAUUAUUUGGCUCUCGGGAACUACGAAAUGGGCAGAGGAGAUUUUCAAAUUGCGGUAGACUUCAUCUCAAAGGCUCUCGAACUCAAUCCAACCGAGAAAAGUGCUUUGGUAGCCAGAAGCAAAUGUUACAUAUUACUAGGUCAACCAAAAAACGCAUUGCAAGAUGCCGAACUCGCUCUGCAAAUCGAUAAAAAUUUCAUCAAAGCCAUUUAUCAAAAAGCGGAGGCGUUGUAUUACCUCGGAGAUUUCGAACUAGGCCUGAUGUUCUACCACAGGGGUCUUCACGUUAGGCCCGACCACGAAGGAUUCAAGCUGGGUGUUCACAAAGCUCAGAAAGCGAUUGAGAAUGCAAUCGGUACGAUUUCGAAAGUGAAGGGGGCAGGAAAGAAGGUAGAAACGACGUCCAAUAUCUCCAUCGAGGAAACCAGGAAUAUAAGUCCUGAAUCCAAAACGAGUGACAAAUCAUCUACUCCAACAACUGGAAAGGUAACUAAAACUGCAAGAAAAAGCAGGCUUCUUCGUGAACUUGAAGCAGAUAAGGAAUAUUUGGAUAAUUUGUUACAUAAUCCGAAUAUCAAAUGCAAGUACAAGGAAAACAACAAUACCGUCGAGAAGUGUAUCAAAGAGACCGUGGAAUAUUUGAACGAAAGGCAAGAGUUUUGGAGGCAGCAGUUACCACCAAAUUUGAAGUAGAAUAUUGUUUAUGACAUAGUUGGUGCUUUCCGCAUAACCUGUCCUGCUAGUAGUUGGUGUUCAAGGAGAAUCGGUUUGAGAUAAAAGAAGAUAAUUGCAUUGUAAUAUUUCUUGAAAAUAUUCCCGAGUGGAAACAUCAUAAUUCGGGUUUGAAUUUUCCAUUCGUUUAAAAAAUAAUACACUGUAUGGUAAACUGUUGUUCGAUCAACACAUUUAGAAAAAAAGUAUUAGUUUUUUAGCAAAGAUACAUCUGAGUGGAUUUUUUUCGUUGUUCUAGAUACAUUAUAGCCUCAGGGAUCCUAUUUCAAUGAGAAUAUAUUUUCAAAGCUAUGUUUAUGGCUACAAACUUCCACUUUGCUUCA